UUUUGAUUCUCAAAAGCUCAUCCCUUAAAAAUCUUGUUAGUCUUUAAGGCAUCUCUGGGCUCAGACCCAGCAGACUGAAGACAGACUGCAUUCGAAGUGCAAACUAAAAGGACCACGUGAAAAGUUAUUUUAUAAACAAGGGAUAAAGCCUAGUACAAUAAAACGACGAAGGAAAAGGUAUAGAAAUAAACUUGGGAGGCAGAGUGAAGGAUGACAGCCAUGGCAGAUAACCACAAGGAGAGCUGGGCAGCCCUAGUUGCUGCAGCGGAACAAUACCGACGUCAGACUGGCAAUGAAGUGGUGUUGCUCACAGCCUUCAGGGCCCCUCCCCCUGGUGGCUUUGGCUAUGCGCAGCAUGGAAGCGGGGCCCUGGCUGACGCUGUUCAACGCUACCUCGAAGACAUUGCGGUUGUCCACAAGACCACGGCCUUCACGUAUGCCGCUCGUCCUCCUGCGGCUCCUUGCCUCCCCCCAAACCAUGGCCCCUACUCUCGAAGCUAUCCCUCUACCUGUGCCCCCGAUGAGCCUUCCCCGCACAGGACGCCUACCCCCCAGGGACCUUUGCCCCAGGCUUCUGGAGUCCAGGAGCCUGAUGACGAAGAGGAUGAGGGAGACAGGAAUACACUGACGGAAGUGGAGCAGCCAGGUGGGAGAGACCCUCCAAGUGACGCCGCCGGUCUGUUUGUCAUGGACGAGGAUUCCCCCAGCCAAGAAUAUGAGCCUUUCUUUGACUCUGAUCCAGAAAGCACUGAUGAUGGGAGUUUGAGUGAAGAGGCCCCUGGACAGACAGCCCCUCCCCUCCUCAGCCACCAGUAUGCCAAAUCCUUGCCUGUGUCGGUGCCAAUCUGGGGUUUUAAGGAGCAACGGCAAGAGAUGCGCUCUUCCGAUGAGGAGAACAGCAAGCAUUCAUCCCCCGACCUCGAGAAGAUUGCUGCCAGCAUGCGAGCUCUGGUGCUGCGGGUGUCCGACGGCACAGAGAUGUUUGGAGACCUGCCUCGGCCACGGCUCAACACAAGUGACUUCCAGAAGCUACAACGGAAAUACUAGUGGAUCUGGCAGUCCCCUCCCCUCUGACCCCCCCCCAAGUUGGUACCCUUCCCCCCCCCCUCCAAUCGGUGGACAGGGUUGGAUGUCCCUUUCAAGCCAUACAGCCCUACUCUGAGCUCUUACAAGCUUUAAAUUAAAGUGAUAACUUUAAUCUCACACUACAGUUGGGAUGGGAGGAGGGGAGUACUUUUUCCCUUUCCUCUUCCCUGCAAAAAACCCCCCCUCUUAUCACUUCCCCUUUCUUGGGAAUUUUGGAGGUACAGCUGCUUUCCUCCGUAGAGGUUCCCUUGCCUAUUCAAGAGAAGGCAACAACACUACAGAUGUGUACUUCGAAGGUUACACUACUGACUCCCCCAGCCCACCCCAGCCCUGGCUGCGGAAGUUUCACUAAGUCAGAAAUUUCUCUCUUCCCUCCCCUGUAAUAAGUGUCUUAAGAUCCUUUGCACAUAAGCUGGGUUUGUCUAGAGUUUUAGUUUUGAGCCAGGUGUCUGUUUUUGAGGAGAGAAGAGAGAGGAGGAGCUCUUGUCACCUGGCUCUCCCUUCCCAAGCAUAUAUAUCUCUCCCAGUUUCCAGGAGUGGUAUUUCAGGGUCGUUUUUCUAUUGGGGAGGGUGGUGCAAAUGUGGGGUCGCCCCAGGCAGAUGGGAUGUAAAAGAGGCUCUAGGAGUCACAGACAGCCCACUGUUUUUCUUCCCUCUCCCUCCCAGCGUACUUUUGUAUCAGAUUUUUGGGGGGCCUUGGAGGCCCUGGCCCUCUAUAUUUUUGUCCAAAGAUGAUUGGUGAAUUGGAAGGGGGAGGAUGUCUUUGUCUCCUUCCCACCAGCCUACCAGCCAAUAAAGAAAAUGCUGACUUUUACCAA